GUGUCUGAUCACUGGCCGGAGCCGGAGUCCAUUGGCCACGCUGGCUGCGCAAGGAGCCGAGGACUCGCGCGGAGGCAGGAUGCUCCUGGCCGGCGAUUUCGGCAAGGCGCCGGCAACCCGGUGCUGCUCUGAAAACGGUGACCAAAGGAAGAACAUCAAGGAGAAAAGUGACAUAAAUAUUGCAGCUGUCGUUGGAAACCAACCAGUCUGUGAAAGUACAGAUAACGGUGAUCUCCCUUCCUAUGUGGCGGUAUUUAUAGAAAAGGAAGUCGGAAAUGACCUUAAAUCUUUAAAGAAACUUGAUAAACUCAUAGAACAGAUGACAGAAAGUAAAAUGCAGUUAGAAGAACAGGUACUUACAGUUUCAUCAGAAAUCCCUAAAAGAAUUCAGAGUGCCUUAAAAAAUGCAGAAGAAUCAAAGCAAUUCCUUAAUCACUUUCUGGAGCAAGAAAGCCAUCUCUUCAGUUCCAUUAACAGCCAUCUGCUGACUGCACAGCCCUGGAUAGAAGAUCUCGGAGCCAUGAUUAACCAAAUUGAAGAGAUUGAACGGCAUCUUGCUUAUCUUAAAUGGAUUUCACAAAUUGAAGAACUGAGUGAUAACAUUCAGCAGUAUCUGAUGACCAAUAAUGUCCCAGAGGCAGCUUCUACUCUGGUCUCUAUGGCAGAACUUGACAUCAAGCUUCAGGAAUCAUCCUGUACUCAUCUUCUUGGUUUCAUGAGAGCCACUGUUAAAUUCUGGCAUAAAAUUCUCAAGGACAAGCUUACAAGUGACUUUGAGGAAAUUUUAGCACAGCUUCAUUGGCCAUUCAUCGCACCCCCUCAGUCUCAAACUGUUGGCAUAAGUCGACCAGCCAGUGCCCCUGAGAUAUACAGCAACUUGGAGACACUAUUUUCUCAGCUCCUGAAACUACAAACCUCAGAUGAAUUACUUACUGAGACAAAACAACUUCCAGAAAAAUACUCUCUUCCUGCAUCCCCUGCUGUCAUCCUGCCCAUCCAGAUUAUGCUGACUCCCCUUCAAAAGAGGUUCAGGUAUCACUUCAGAGGGAACCGACAAACUAAUGUUAUAAGCAAGCCCGAAUGGUACUUGGCUCAGGUACUUAUGUGGAUUGGGAACCACACUCAGUUUCUGGAUGAGAAGAUUCAGCCAAUAUUAGACAAAGUAGGCUCUUCGGUGAAUGCAAGGCUUGAAUUUUCUCGGGGCCUUAUGAUGCUGGUUCUUGAAAAGUUAGCUGCUGAUAUUCCUUGUCUGCUCUAUGAUGACAGUCUCUUCUGUCAUUUGGUGGAUGAGGUGCUUUUGUUUGAAAGAGAACUACACAGCGUUCAUGGCUAUCCCAGCACUUUUGCUAAUUGUAUGCAUAUUCUGUCAGAAGAGACCUGUUUUCAGAGAUGGUUGACUGUGGAGAGAAAAUUUGCUCUUCAAAAAAUGGACUCAAUGCUCUCGUCAGAAGCUGCCUGGAUAUCCCAAUAUAAGGAUAUCACUGAUGUGGAUGAGAUGAAAGUUCCAGACUGUGCAGAGACGUUUAUGACACUACUCUUGGUUAUAACUGACAGAUAUAAAAAUCUUCCCACAGCUUCCAGAAAGCUGCAGUUCCUGGAGUUACAGAAGGACUUAGUAGAUGAUUUUAGGAUACGAUUAACUCAGGUGAUGAAAGAAGAGACUAGAGCUUCCCUUGGCUUUCGAUAUUGUGCAAUUCUUAAUGCCGUGAACUAUAUCUCAACAGUACUAGCAGAUUGGGCUGACAAUGUUUUCUUUCUACAACUUCAACAGGCAGCAUUGGAAGUCUUUGCAGAGAAUAACACUCUCAGUAAAUUGCAGCUGGGGCAACUGGCCUCUAUGGAGAGCUCUGUCUUUGAUGACAUGAUUAACCUGUUAGAGCGUUUAAAGCAUGACAUGCUGACCCGGCAAGUAGACCAUGUUUUUAGAGAAGUUAAAGAUGCUGCAAAAUUGUAUAAAAAAGAAAGGUGGUUGUCCUUGCCAUCGCAGUCAGAGCAGGCAGUGAUGUCCCUGUCCAGUUCGGCUUGCCCCUUACUGCUUACUUUACGAGACCGUUUACUGCAAUUGGAGCAGCAGCUCUGCUUCUCCUUAUUUAAAAUCUUCUGGCAAAUGCUUGUAGAGAAGCUGGACAUAUACAUCUACCAAGAAGUAAGUAAGAGUAGACUGUAUGUUGGGCUGUGAUGAUAGAGGCAACUGCUAUAUGA